UGGCAAGCACACGCCUUCACUGGCAGUGCUCAGCUCCCUCUCACAAGGGUCUAUAAAUACUCUUGCGUUCCCUAAGAGCCACAGUAACUAUUUCUCUCUGUCCAUCAUCCAACUUCAAUUUAAAACUCACCUGUCUCUGGAACAACAAUGUCACGACGAGCAAAGAGCUUGCAUGGAGGCACUGGGGGUCCCCGCAUUGCUAGUUCUUCAUCCACCCAUCUCUUCAGUAGCUCUGGGGCAGCAAUAGGAUCAGGUCUAUCUGCUGGAUUUGGUGCUGAAAGCAGACCCCUUUUACUUGGUGGUGGCUCCAGUACUGAUCGCAUUGGUUUUGCUGGGUUUGAUGUCAACAGUGGAUUCCUUGCUGGUCUUGGCAGUUUUUUUGAAGGCAGUGGUGCUGGUAGUAAUUUUGGUGCCGGAAAUGGCAAAGCCACCAUGCAAAACCUCAAUGACCGUUUGGCUGCCUAUUUGGAAAAAGUACAUUCCCUUGAGAUUACUAAUGGUCAACUUGAACAGAAAAUCCGAGACUGGCACAGCUCAUCUUUUGGGGGUCAGGCCAAGGACUAUUCUCCAUAUUUCAUGACCAUCUCUGAGCUGCAAGACAAGAUCUUUGCUGUCAGUAUGGACAACUCCAGAAUCCUUAUGCAAAUUGAUAAUACUAAGCUAGCUACUAACGACUUCCAUGUCAAAUAUGAGAAUGAGCUGGCAAUGAGGAAAUCUGUGGAGGCAGACAUUGCUGGUCUCCGCAAGCUCUUAGAUGAAAUGACCUUGGUCAGAGCUGACCUGGAGAUGCAAAUUGAAGGCCUGAAGGAGGAGCUCAUCUAUCUAAAGAAUAAUCACAAGGAGGAAAUGAAAUCUCUGUGCAGCUCAAUGUCUGGCUCUGUCAAUGUGGAGGUGGAUGCUGCUCCACAGGAAGACUUGGCCAAAGUACUUGAAGACAUGAGGGCACAGUAUGAAACCAUUGCAGCAAAGAACCAGCGUGAUAUGGAGAACUGGUACAAGAACAAGUUUGAUGACUUGACCAAGCAAGUGACCAUGGAAACAGAAGCCCUCCAGACCUCAAAGACUGAGAUUGGUAGCCUGAAGAAGACCCUCCACACUCUGGAGAUUGAACUACAAUCUCUGCUUAGUAUAAAAGCAGCACUUGAUAAAACUCUUGCUGAAACUAAUGACCAGUAUGGUGCACAGCUUUUUCAAUUACAAGAUGUAAUAAACAGACUGGAAGGUGAACUGGUACAGGUCAGGCAAGACAUGGAGCGUCAGGGCAAUGAGUACAAGAUGUUGUUGAAUGUAAAGACAAGGCUGGAGAUGGAGAUUGCAGAGUACCGGCGCCUGCUGGAAGGAGAGCACAUGGGAAAAAGCUCAACAGGUGGAACAGAAGGAGAAGAUGGUUUUGAAUCAAGGCAAGCAGGAGCUGGUUUGGGAUCAGAAGGAGCAAAAGGUGGUUUUGGAUCAGGAGGAGCACAAGAUGAUCUUAGAUCAGGAAAAGCAGGAACAGAAGGAGAAAAGGGUGGUUUUGGAUCAGGAGGAGCACGAGAUGAUCUUAGAUCAGGA